GCACGGGCCGAUCCACGGCGCGAGGGACAUCUGCCUAGCUUCCGCCGGUCGAGCUUGUCCUCACACCGUGAUGUCAUCGAAUCUCCAAGAGCGGGACAUUGAACUCGGUGCGGUACGCUGCGCAGGUCUCGGUGGGGCGCGUCGGCAUUGGUCGGCGGCAGCGCCCUUUGCGGGCAGAGAGAACGGAGGCGACUGCGUACGCUUCGUUAGCUCGGCUUGCCAACCUGAACGCACAACACCAUGGUCAGGUACCUGGUCAGGUACCUGGAUCCGUUACCCUCCCGUCCCUCCGUUUCGAGAAGCUUUCCACACCACGCGAGAUCGAUGCGUCGGGGACAGUCACGAAUGGCGAUUGUUUCGUUCCCAGCACACGCGUGCUGCUCGCUCUUCUGCGCUCGUUGGAACAGUGCACGGCCGAGGCAUUUCGUCAGCGUACCACCAUUCGCGCCGCUGGCCGACUCGUUUGCUAUAGGAACACGCUGCGACCGCGAUGUUGCAGCCCAAUCAGGGGCGUCGAAAACGAUUGGCUGCGGCUGUGUCGCUGGGCGGGCGCUAGUUACGCCUCGGACCGAGUGGAAGCUUGCGGCAUUCAGCUCGCCUCAACCCCGCCUUUCCUUGCGCGAACAGCGCGCUCUGUUCGGAGACGACAAGAUACAGCAGCUAACCGGUUCGGCCACGGCGUGAUGAUCCACGCAUUAAUUACUUGGGCUCGCCCUUCCUAGCUGAUCCGGUAGCGCGCUCGAAAUGACG